AUGGGGAUUGGAAGAGGAGAUCGAGGGGACUUUAUGGAGAUGCUCACCGGCGACGAGGCGGACGGAUUCUGGCCAGUGAGGCAGAUACCCUCAGGUUUACAGAAUUUGACAUCCAUGUGCAAAUUGGAUCUAUCCUUCCAUGAUCUACAAGGUGAAGUGCCAAAAGUUUUUUUGGCAAAUGCAACUUACAUGUCGAUUUAUGGAAAUGAUCAGCUUUGUGGUGGAAAUCCUCAACUUCAUUUAACUCCAUGCUCCAUGUCCAGUGCAAAAAAGAAAAAAAAGGAAUUGUCGAAAACCCUUGUGAUCACCCUAACAUCAAUCGGUGCAGUUGUAUUCUCAGUUUCAGUACUUACUGUAAUUGUGUUGAUCUGUAAGAAGCUUAGGAAAAGGCACGAAAGUCAACUCAUAUCCACAACUGAGGAACGGUAUGAAAGAGUUUCUUAUCAUGCUUUGUCAAAUGGGACCAAUGGAUUUUCAGAGGACAAUUUACUUGGACAAGGAAGCUAUGGCAUGGUUUAUAAAUGUACUUUACAUGACCAGGGCACUACAGUAGCUACUGUAAAGGUGUUUAACACACAACAAUCUGGGACUUCUAGAAGUUUUGUCGCUGAAUGCGAGGCACUCAGAAGGGUGCGUCCUCGUUGUCUCGUAAAGAUCAUCACUUGUUGCUCAAGCAUCAAUCACCAGGGUCAAGAGUUCAAGGCACUAGUUUUUGAGCUCAUGCCAAAUGGUAGCCUAAAUGGUUGGCUUCACCCAGAGUCUGACACACUUACCCAGACAAAUACCCUUAGCCUUGAACAAAGGCUACACAUUGCUGUCGAUAUCCUGGAUGCUUUGGACUAUCUUCAUAAUCACUGUCAGCCAUCAAUCAUUCAUUGCGAUCUCAAGCCAAGCAACAUCUUUCUUGCGGAGGACUGAGUGAGUGCCCGAGUUGGAGGUUUUGGCAUACGAAGAAUCCUUCCAGAAAGUGCUAGUAAAACCCUGCAAAAUUCGAAUAGCACAACUGGAAUAAGAGGCACCAUUGGUUAUGUUGCACCAGAGUACGGUGAAGGUUCUUCUGUCUCAACUCAAGGUGAUGUUUAUAGCCUCGGCAUAUUGCUGCUUGAGAUGUUUACUGGAAGGAACCCAACAGAUGAGAUAUUCAAUGAUUCUUUGGAUUUGCACAAGUUUUCAGAGAAUGCUCUUCCAGAGAGAAUAUGGGAUAUAGUUGAUCCGACAAUACGGAUGCACACAGAUGCCUAUAACAGCACUAUAAGAAGUGGAAUUAAGAAUUGCUUGGUUUAUGUUGUUUCUCUUGGAAUAUCAUGCUCGGAGAAACAACCUAGGGAGCGGAUCCCGAUUCUGGAUGCAGCCAUUGAGAUGCACGCUAUUAGAGAUUCGUAUCUCAAGUUUGCCAGAUCUCUUUUGGUGGAGCAUGGAGUAGUAGCAACAACUCACAGUGAUUUUCCACAACAGUGAAUACAUAGGACUGAAAAUGCGCAAGAUGUCUGCAGAUGAUCAGUUUACCUGAAAUAACUGAAGAUGUAUGAAGCUUCAGCUUUAUAAUUUGUCCAUGCAUUUGUUUGCAUCAGAUAUAUGGAAGUAUAAAAUAAGUUUAGAAAAUGUUUCAAAAUAGAUUAGAUCCAGAGGUUUUAGUUGUCGUUUGUAUGACACAUUUUUGUAGAGAAUUCAGUAAUAUGUAUGAUUCAUAAUACAAUCAAUGCUCUGCAAAUUUCAGAUAGCACAAUUGGAAUAAAAAGCUCAUUCCUUGAUUAUGUUUCUCUAGGUAACUCAACUUAUUGUGAUGUUCACUGUAGAUUUCUCCAUGGUCCAAACGACCUUUGUGAUCAGUUAUGUUUAUGCAUUUUGUAGAAUUGUAAAGUCUUUCCCUAACCUGCUGACAUAUUAGCCGGAGCAUAGCACUUUGCCGUUCUGUACCACUCGCCUCUAGGAGGCGCUUGCCGCUUGGUGGCUGCCGUGGCGACCGACGGCAUCCGUACCUGCUCUGUCGGAGAUGGGUGGAGCUGCUCUGCUCUGCCGGUACGAGCUCACUCGCGCCGUGAAUGGCGCGCGCCUCUAAGGUCUCAUCAGCUGCAGGUGCAGAUGGGUGGAGAGCUUAGCGGCGCUAGGUCUUCAGAAGAUGGGGCUUUGCAGCUCUGAAUGGUGAGGCGGGCAGGGACGACGGAGCUGGACGCGUGGGGAGGAGACGAUGGGCAUUUCUGAUAAUAGUUGGAUCGCGAUCCAAAUUAGGGGGCUAUUUACAAAUAAUAGGGGGUAUUCCGUAAAUAUUCGGAUCGCGAUCAUUAAUCGCGAUCCAAAUGAGGGGUUAAUUGAAAUUAUGAUGGGGUGUCUUUUGAAAUUCCGGAUCGCGAUCCCAUCCUCCGCCGCGGCUCGCCGGAGCGCCGCCAGACGCCGGCCAUCCCUUGGGGUACCUCUUCUUCCUUCCGCUUGUCGGAG